UUUCGCAAUUUUUUUUUAUACAGAUUUUCGCAAAAAUUGUCUAAAUCAGGUUCGCAAACGCGACAAUUGCUAAGCGUUUAGUGACGGGGUUGAGAGUGUUGUUACGAAAGUGCAGCACUUCGGGGAAUUUCGGAACCGUGCGAGUUGUCGGAAACCGGGCCACGACUGUUUAUGAUCUGCACUAUAGAACCUAUUAUUUUUACGACUUUCUACCGCGAUCCCCUACUGCGCGAUCAUGGAGAGUAAAUUAGCAAAGCUGGAGCGAGACACGAUAACAAACUCCCUGGAGAUCGUGCACCACAAGAUCCGGCUGCUGAUGGAGGUGUGGAAGAUGUUUUUCGACGAGAUCUGUUACCUCGACUAUCUAACUUCCCUGCCGUCGAGCAUCGAACAGUUCCUGGGAGAAAUCUACUGCCUGACGAUGAACUUUUGCGUACGGAAAACCCAACGGAUACGGGAACUGCAGACCAAAAUGUUCGAAAUGCGGCGCAUACUUGGCGUAACGAACAGCGGACUGGAGGAUGAUUGGGACCAGGGCCAUAUGUCGCUGGACCGGAAGCUUACCCAACUGCAGCAGAGAAUCAACUCGCUGCAGCAGCAAACGGUCGAGCGCAAACGGUUGAUGGAGCAAUACACGCUGGAGGAGGUGCAACUGCUUAAGGAACUGGGUGAGGCCGCACCACCACACGAACCGCUGUGUGAACAUUCGGAAACGGGCGUUCUUCCCGACGCGCAAAAGAUGGCACAGUUUGCCGAUUAUCUCAACCGACUGCGGGCGGAAAAGGUAAAGCGUAUCGCUAAGCGGGACGAACUACAAUCAAUUAUACGCAAAAAGGCAAACCUGCUCGACUGGGUACCGCGCAAGGAACGGCACCGGGAGCUUAUAAACGAACAUACGCUAAUACCAUCGUUGGACAAUUUGCGCGAGCUGCAACGUCUGGACGGUGUGCUUACGGGGCUGCUGGAACGUAAGGUGCAGCAAGCAAAACAAAAUACUAUCCAACAGUUGAAGAAGGAAAAAAAGCACGAAAAGCGCAAGAAACCGAUCAAGGUGGAAAAACAAACGUACGGAGCGGAAAAUCAACAGCAGCAGCAACAGGAACAGGAACAGCAACAGCAACAGCAACCACACCAUGAGGAGGAAGAGGACCUAUGGUCGCACUGUAGUACGGUAUUGUCGCGUCAACAAACAAGUUCCCCACCACCAGCGCCACCUUCCUCGCCCAACUCGGAGGUAGAAAUUUCCGUAUCCAGCCCGACCGGUGGUCUGUUCGAGCGGACCAUUGAAGCGUACAUGCGUGUAGAAACGAAAGCGGGCCGUCCGGCGAAUCGGGACAAAAUAAUCGAGGAAAUAUUCCGACGCUUUCGGGCGAGCAUUAACGUAUGGUGGGGCCGGUGUCUCAUUCUGCCGAACGAGCGGCAACAGUGCAAGGUGCUGUACACGAACCAGCUGGACGAGGAUGCGUUCGUGGCACACAUCGAACAGCAGAAGCUGCUGCAGAGCUACUACCACGAGAACGAAGCCAUCUUCCGGCUUAUUUACCAGUGGGCGGAACAGUGGAACCGGGCCGUACAGCUACAGCGCGAGACUGAGGAGACAGCAGAAGACAAGCGACAGCAGCAGCAGCAGCAACAGGCAGCGCAGUGUUCGGUUGCCACUUCCAACGCGCAAGCACCACAGACUCAGGAGGAGCUGGCCGAAGUAAACGAGCAGCUGGUAUCGAUCCGGAAGCAGCUGGAAAGUAAGUGCUGCGAGUUCGAACAGCGCUGUCAGGUGAAGUUCACCAUGUACGGUAUGCCGGUAAUGCAGGUGCUGAUGCGAUGCCAGGAGAAGCGCGAGAAGCUGAUGCUACCGGACAGCUGUACGAUGCAGCAAGCGCCUGUCCUGCGUACGAAGGCGUUAUACGCCCGGCAGCAGCUUUCCCCCGAGAUGGCCCUAGAGCUGGGCCUCAUGUUGCGAGAUUUGCUGCGCGAGAAGCAGAUGGCCAUGGCAAGGAAAGAAGGUUCGGAUACGGACGAUUCCAAUCGUGCCAGUGAGGAGGAUGCAAAUGGUAGCAGUAAUAAUAACAGCAGCAGCGACGAUGACUGUGAGGUGGACCAGAAACGCGACGAUGAACUGUUGGAGGAAGCUUUCGCUUCCGCAACUGCGGCAGUCACUACUAAAAACCGCAUGCAUUCCGUCAACGGACAUCCGACAUCCUGAAGCGCGCGUGGCUAAAUGAAAAUGGCAAAAUACCACAGCUUCGAGCAGAAUCAUACAUAAUUGCCGCAUAUUCAUAACGAAAUAGUUGCACAUUGCAAAAAGAAAAAACAAACUCACGCAAACCAGUGUGAUCGCGCACGGUAAAUGGAGUUUUAUGUUUUAGGAUUAGGAAGAUUCGCACGCGCGCCAUCCUUGCGAAAACCGAGUGCCUUUUUUGAUUAUCUGUUUCCCGUUCUUUUUGUACAUGGUUCGGGUUCUUCCACCUUUACCUCUUUACCUUUCUGCUGUAUUGCCAAUUUACAGCACCGUUUCUUUUGGUGGAAGGUGGUGGUAGAUCACCUCCAAACAUACAGAAAAAAACGCGUUAUUUUCAUUUCAUUUAUCUAUAGAUAUAAGCACGGUUACCACCACUACGGCAAGAUUAGAGAGGUCCUGAAAGCAGGAACAAUUUAUCGCUAGGAAAAUGGAAUUCCUUUUUUGUUUAAGUCCCUGCGUUACGUUUUUAUACGAAACCUCCCUCGCGAGACCAGUUACAGGUGUUAUGCUAAUUCUAAUUCCGUAGCAGCGACGUAUUAUGCAAAGCACACACAGAACACAGCAAACCGUUAACACUAUUACCAAAUAAUAAAACAAAAUGCUUUCUAAUGUUUUCCCAACGAGAGCGGGGUACGCACGCUUGAACCGGGGAUGCAUUUAACGCAUAAACAGCAUAAAAUUGGUUUAAAUCGCUUCACUUUAAACUCUCCUUUAUUUCAACGUUUUCAACGGGGGGGCUUUUUGUUCAAAACGAGGCUUGAAUUUUGCCUCUUUUUUCGCGCACUGGUAAACAAUGUUGGAUUAUGGGGGGGAAAAAGGAUAGACGCGAGCGCACAGUAGAACUAUCGUUAAAUCGUGUAAUUAAAACGUGAACAAAUUCAGCUACUUUACAUCUACGCUGGAACAAAUGAAGUGUGGCCUAACCCGGGGCACAUGUGUUGUGAGAUGCUCGGUUACUUUGCACUAUUCCCAACUGGUGAAUUAAACGCCCGGAGGAGCAGGUUCUUUGUUCGGGCUUCCGUCUACAGCUCAACCAAUUAUUUGGUAUGGCAUUUUACUUUGCCAGAAGAAAUCUUCAGUUAAUUAACUUUUUUCUGAUCAAUUCUCUUUCAUAACUAUUGGUGUAGCUUUUGUUGAUUAGUAAUUGCUAUAUACUUAUCUUUCUGUUUCUUGUCCACUUGUUUUAACGGAAAUCGGUCGCUCGGAUUCAAUGAGAGUUGAAGCGCCCGCCACUUGAAAUGGGAGCUACUGCACGCAUAACACUACACAUGUACACCCUUUUUUUGUUAAACAAUUACAAUCAUCUGAAACGAACGAGAACGGUGCUGUAUAUUACAGUAUCCUAACCACGUAAUGGGUAAAAAAGAAAUACUCGCCAGCAAACCAACAUACUAAUAAUGUGUCUGGAACUUAUCCUAA